AUGCGGGCCAAGUAUGGGAAGUCAAAGGAGGAUCUUGAUCUUCUUCGACCUAUUCAGGGAAGUUCCUUUACUUGGGCUAGCUUCUCGAAAGCUGCGAACCUUCUGCGGAAGGGUUGUGCGUGGAACAUCAAGAAUGGGAGGCAUACUAAAUUCUGGCUUGAUGUUUGGGUUUUGCAGGUUCCCCUCAAAGAUGUGGCCAUGGACACUAUUCCGGAGGAUUUGGAGAAUGCUCGAGUGGCGGAUUUUGUUACUGAGGAUGGUCUUUGGCGUACGGAGUUGUUUGCGGAUCUGCUCCCUUUCGAGGUCCUUGGGAAGAUUCUUAGCAUUGUCGUGGACAAGUUGUCAGUAGAAGAAGACACCAUGUUCUGGUCUGCCGCUGCCUAUGGAAGGUUCUCGGUGAAAACAGCUUAUUCUCUUCUCAAUCAGCGAUCGACGGAUCCCGAUGAGAAGUACUGGAGGAUUCUUUGGAGGCUGCCAGUUUUGGAACGAGUUAGAAGUUUCAUGUGGAUGCUCCUGCUGGACAAGGUGGCCACCAAGCUGCUUUUGUUCCAUAGGAAAGUGGCGGAGAACCCUUUUUGCUUGAGAUGUGAAGGCUGCCCGGAAACUGCACUGCACAUCCUGCGCGACUGUCCUCCACCGAGAUUAUUUUGGACUCGUGGCGUCCCUGGUCAUCAGCAACACCUGUUUUUCAAUAUUGGCCAGGGGGAAUGGUUGCGGCACAACCUCUCCAAUGAUUAUACUAUGGACUCCAGUAUAAGCUGGGCGACUUUCUUCAGCAUCGCGGUGUGGUUGAUUUGGAAGAACCGGUGUAUGGUCUGUUUCCAAGGGAUUGGAGCGGCCCUUUCCCCUCCCUAUUUGGCGCAUUUGAUCUGGCGAAGACCAAACUUUGGGAUGAAGCUUGGCGAGCGCCCUCCAAACUGCAGGUAG